AUGGUUGUUAUCAACAAGUUCUCUGCUGCCAUUGUGGCGGCUCUUGCUACUGUGGGUCAGGCUACUCACGAGGGUCUCCAUGCCCGUCGUGUCGUCCGCUCCAUUCACGUUCCUCCCCCCGCGGCGGAGCCCUCUACCUCCACUGUCCUGGUCGUGCCCACUGCUGUCGAGCCCGAGGCUUCUGCCCCUACUGCUGAGAGCUCCACCAUGAAGCCUUCCGCUCCUGCAGUCGUCCCCAGCGUUGCACCCAGCGUUGCUCCUUCUGCUCCCUCUGUCGCUCCCAGCGUCAUCCCGGCCCCUGGUUCCUCUGCCGUCUCCAGCGUCGGCUCUUCCGUUGCUGUUACUGGUGUGACUUCCACUGCCAUUCCCUUCAGCACCCCUGUUGGCUCCUCUUCGCCUGUUGCUGCUUCCAGCAAGCCUGCCAUCACCCGCACCCCCGUUAGCGCUCGUCCUGAUGGCCCCCGUCCUACGGUAUCCGCUCCCGGCGGUGAUGACUCUGCUUCCACCACUGCGGUGACUUUGACUUACACCAUUGGCACUGGCUCUUCGACUACCUUGAUCACCACUACUAUUUACAAGACCCUGACCGCCACCGAGGAGGUCACCGUUACUGCCACUGGUGCUGAUUCCCAGUACACCCAGCCCGCACAGGACACCACUGAUUAUGAGACCUCUACUAUCCACUCCACCAAGACCGAGACUGUUACCCUCAUUGAGGUUCCCUCUCCCUCUGGUGAGGCUGGCUCUGGCAACGGUUCCGGCAACGGUUCUGACAACGGUUCUGACAACGGCUCUGGCAAUGACUCCGGUUCUUGCAGCCCCGUCACUGUUACUGCCACCGUCACUGAGACUGUGACUGCUGCCCCUACUGAGACCGAUGCUCCUGGUCCCCACGGCCCCCACGGUCCUCACGGUGAUGAUCACGGCUCUCACGGAGGUGACCACGGCUCUCACGGUGAUGACCACGGCUCUCACGGAGGUGAUCACGGUCCCCACGGUCCUGGAAAUGGCCAGGGUAACGGAGAGGGUCCCAAGCCCACCUUCACUGAGACCCCCCGCCCUCACACCCCCUCUUACAGCCGCAUCCCUCACACCCGCACUCCCACCUUCUCCAGCGGAUUUGCUACCCGAACUCCCUUUGCCUCCGCCAGCAUCAAGCCUUUCCCUGUCUCCACCGGCCACCCUGAGCCCACUGGCAAGACUGAGGGAAAGCGCUUCUGGUCUAAGUGGGCCAGCUACUUCUUCUAA